GCCAACAUCACAGGCAAGCCCUCCAUGGGUCAAGUCUGACAAGAUUCUGCUUCUUCACAACCUCCACGUCACCGGCAACGCCCAACCCCCCUCACGAUGCCGUCCCUCCUCCUCGUGGUCUUCCUGGUCGAGCUCGCCGUCCACGUCGUAAAUACCAUCGGUGCUGCCACCAUCAAUAACCUGGUAAGUUGUUAUGGACAUUUUGUUUGCAAACUUGACGUACCACGUCAUAGUUGUAAUCGCUGUUGACACAUAGCUUUCUACUUUCUCUAUAGCUAUGGACCCUGUACCUGAUGUUGCCGACCGAAACCUCGAAAGCCGGCGCCGAGAGAAAGAAGCUCCAGAUCGAAUACCUCAACAUUCGACGCGAUCUUAAUGCGACUAGCAGCCAGGAUGAGUUCGCCAAGUGGGCGAAGCUGCGCAGACAACAUGACAAGCUGCAAGAGCAGCUGGAGAAAAUGAAAGCCUCCAACGAUGCCACCAAGGCCAAGUUCGACAGCACCGUGGGCGCUGUACGUUGGUCUGCUACGAGAGGCCUGAAGAUCGUCCUCCCGUUCUGGUACUCGAAGCAAGCUAUGUUCUGGCUUCCCGAGGGCUGGUUCCCGUAUUACAUUGAGUGGAUAAUGUCCUUUCCCCGGGCACCACUGGGCAGCAUCAGCAUUGUAUCGUGGCAGUUGGCGUGUACGGGGGUUAUCACGCUGAUCAGCGACACGGUCACAGCCAUUCUGGGGUUGAUGCUAGGCGCAAGAAUACAGCAGCGGGAGAAGAUGCCCAUGAAGGCUAAGCCUGCGGCGAGAUCGAGCGAGAAAAAAGAGUUAUAGAGGGGUCAAAUAUCACGUCACAGAAGGCAAAUUAUUGUCAUAUUGGCUUGCCAGCAGUAUAUUUUGGCCUACCGUUAUGGCAGCUAGCUACAUAG